AUGUGCCGCACAGAUCGCCAAGAAUUGCGGCAUGCCAAGAUCGAUGUGUCGCUGGAAGCCUUGCUUUCCAGAGCUUGCGCCCUUCUCUCGGAUGAUAAGGACAAGGAGGCCGUGUGCGUCAACCACACCGGGUCGUUCGAGUGCGAUGCCGACCUCAAUCGCUACAGCAUCCUUCAGGAGCUGCCUCUGGCGCGGCGCAUGGAGCUCAUCGAGCUUGGGUCCACGGAUGCGGUGCUGAACCGCGCCAUGGGCGCCAUGGUGGGCAUGGCCGUGGGGGACGCCCUGGGCGCGCCCCUGGAGUGCCUGCACGCGCAGGACGUCCCGGUUGCCACGCACUUCGACCUGGAGAGCUUCCAGUUCGUGGGCAGAACCACGGGGGUGCUGAAGCCGGGCCAAUGGACGGACGACGCCUCCAUGGGCCUGUGCCUGGCGGAUAGCUUGCUGCUGAAGCAUCGGCUUCUUGGGAGCCCUUCGGCAGAUGGCGCGCGACGUAUGCGACGGGCCGAUGUCGGAAGCCAGCGCAUUGAUGGCCGCUUCGGAAGCAACUGGUGA